AUGAAGAGGAGCGUGGAAGAGGUGCGCACGGAGCAGAAGGGCGGGCCUCCGGGUUUCGCGGGCUUUUCUUCCUCACCAGCGCUGCUUCUCCUUUCCAGACCCCGCGUGCUGUGCUCUGGGGUCCAGUUGACUGCGCAGUCUGUGACCCCGCGAGCUGCGGUGCUGGCAGGUCCCUGGAGAGGACGCCGGGUUACCACGGAAGCGAACAAUGGUGAGUGUGCGGCCAGGGCUGAUGGGACCCGGCCAGCACCUGCCUGGGCCUCGCGAGCGGGUGAGCUGUGGAGUUGGCGGGUGGCGCUGGGUCGUGUCCCCCGGUCCCCCUUGGAGAGUUGGGUGGCGGGCCUGAGAUGCAGACACUGUAUCAGAAUUUCUUGGGCAGAAGUUCCUUUGGACACCUCACAGGCACUAUGUCCUGAGCCUCUAUACUUUCCUGGGGCUGCUGCAAGGUGCCCAGCUGCACUGUGCCCUGCAAGGUUCAGGGAAUUUCAGGACCUGGGUCAGCUGCUCAUAGAAGACAACGGGAGGUGUUGGGUACAUCCUGUUAGGGGAGCCAUUGGAGACCCCGGGGCUGAGGACUCCAGGUGUAAAGGAACAGAAAUCUCCCAGAGCAUAAGAACCACCCACCCCAGUGCAUUGCUGUGCAAACCCGAAAAGCCUCAUAGACUGGAGUCAUGUUCCAGGUCUCCUGGGAGGAUGGCCAUGGAGUAUUUCAGUAAGCAGGACCAGGUCUCAGUGACCUUUGAGGAUGUGGCUGUGAACUUCACCCAGGAGGAGUGGGUUUUGCUGGAUCCUUCCCAGAAAAACUUUUACAGAGAUGUGAUUUAGGAAGUCUUCAGAAAC